GGCGAAACAAUAACACGACGGUUGAGUAUCUUAAAUCCAUAGUCCCACGCUAAUUACUACAUAUGCUUGUCAUCGUCGAGUCCGAGAGUAGCAGGGACAGAUACAGACAGCUAAUCAGGAACCCUCGCGUGCAUUCUUCCUUGAUUGACGAGGACGGUCUGAAGAGCUGAUUCGAACCCAUGGCCAUGCACGACGACCAGGAGAGGUCCGGCUCCGGCCCGACCAACAUGCGCAUCGCCAUUGUGGGUGCAGGAAUGGGCGGCUUGGCCUGCGCGUUGGCGCUGGCCAAGAAAGGCUUCACAGACAUACAAGUCUUUGAGAUGGCUUCCGAUCUUGGAUUCGUCGGAGCAGGCAUCCAGCUUGCGCCCAACCUGGUCCGUAUUCUCUCGCGUCUAGGCUGCUGGGAGAGCAUAGAGGCCGAGGCGACCGAUGUGCUAGAAGCUAGCAUUCGAGAUGGCGCGUCGAACCGCGAACUAACGCACGUGCACAUGCCCGACAUCCGCAAGCGAUAUGGUUACCCCCACUGCACCGGGCACCGCGCGUCUCUCGCCGCCGGUCUCUACGAGGCAGCCAAGAAGGAGCCAUCGAUCCGGUGGAACUUUGGGUGCACCGUCGAGGGCAUAGACCAGUACACCCCCGCAGUAACCUUCACAGUGAAGCCCCGCGAUGGCAGCGCUCCCCGGCAGGUUGAAUGCGACGUCCUCCUCGCGGCCGACGGCGUCAAGUCCAACGUCCGGGCCCACGUGCUCGCCGAGCUGGGCGUUCCCGCGGUCGUCGAAGACACGGGUCAAGCCGCCUACCGCAUCACCCUGCCGCGCUCGGCGAUGGCCUCUGACCCGGAGAUGCUCGCCUUGAUCGACAGCAACCAGGUGACGCGGUGGAUCGGGUCGCGGCGCCACUGGAUCGCCUACCCGGUGGCCAGCAAGACCAUCUACAACAUGUCGUCGACGCAGCCCGACACGCACUUCGCCGCCGCGCCCUCGGCGACCUACACGACCAAGGGCUCCAAGGCCGCCAUGGCCGACGUCUUCGCCGACUUCUGCCCGCUCGUGCACCGCCUGAUGGACCUCGUGCCCGACGGCGAGGUGUGCGAGUGGAAGCUGCGCGUCCACGCGCCGCUGCCGACGUGGGUGCGGUCCACCGUCGCCCUCGUGGGCGACGCCUGCCACCCGACGCUGCCGCACCUGAACCAGGGCGCCGCCAUGGCCGUCGAGGACGCGGCCGUCCUCGCCGAGGUGCUGGCCAGGGCGCCGGACGCGACGCAGGGGUCGGUCAACAGGUGUCUCAGGGUGUACGAGCUGCUUCGCAAGGAGCGGACCACGACCCUUGUCGAUCUCGCGGCCGAGUCUGGGCGCACGCUGCAUCUGGGGGAGGGGAGGGCCAAGGAGGAGAGGGAUAGGCAGUUUGCGGAGGCGAGGGCGAGCGGGAAGAAGGCGGUGCCGGAUAAGUGGGCUUCGCCUGAUGUCCAGGAGAUGAUUUAUUCACAUGACUGCAUGAAAGUGGCUGCGGAGAAGUUUGAUGAGCUGUAUAGAAGUCUGGCUUAGAUCUUAAAUGAGCAGAUAUGUCUAUGACCCUCGUGUCGUCCACAAUAUCUCAAUCAUCCUGUAAUUAUUUCCCAAACGCUUCCUGCCUAUAAAUUCAGCAUCUUCUCAUCUUAACGCCCUUAGAUAGCACUAUUGGUACAUAAAACCCCCUACAUCGAG